AUGUCAUACUUUUUGAGAAAUUUUGAUCUUCUCGAAUCACGUACGAGCACUGCAUCAUCAAAUGUUUCAUUACAUCCAUCAAAAGAAAAUAAUUUCGUGCUACCGAAGGUAACAUCAUCUCAAUAUGCGCAACUUUUAAAAUAUUGCGCCAAACUUCCACAGCGUGGUCACAUUCUGCGCUUCCCAACCAUUCGUCGACGGUCAAUGUGUGCAUCAACGGAUUUCGAUAGUAAGUGA